GCCGGAGGCGGAGCCGGGACCGGGGCCGGGACCGCCAUGGCCGCACCGCCGCCGGUCCCGCUGCUGCUGGCGGCGCCGGGGGGGCCGUGGGGGGGCCCGAGGCUCUUCCCCCGGGCCCUGGCCGCCCUGCGGGGGGCACCGGCCCCCGUCCACGUCGUGGCCGUCUUCGGGCCGAGGGGCAGCGGGAAAUCCUUCCUGCUGGACCAGCUGGCGGGGCCGGGCGGCGCGUUCCCCAGCAGCCCCGGGCUGUGGCUGCGCUGCCGCCCGCACCCGACACAGCCGGGCCACGCGCUGGUGCUGCUGGACGCCGGCGGCUUCCCCGUGCCGGGGGACGAGGAUGACGAUGUGGAGGACCCCUGGUUCCUGCAGCUCCUGGUGCUGCAGCUGCUGCUCGCCAGCGUCUUCGUCUACAGCAGCGGGGCCGUGGCCGAGCCGCAGGAGGAGCUCGAGCGCCUGACCUACGUCCAGGCGCUGCCAUGCCGCCUGCGGCUGUUGGAAGAGGAGGAGGACGAGGAGGACGAAGGCGCGCUGCUGCGCACCGUGCUGCCGCCCUUCGUCUGGAGCCUGCGCGGCGCCGCCGUGCCGCCCGAGGAUGAGGCCGUGCUGGAGGCUGAAGGCCACGAGCUGCGGGCGGCGCUGGGAACCCCCCCAGGCCUGGAGGCGCCGGUGACGCGCCGCGUCCUCACGCUGUUCCCCGAGCACAAGCUGUUCCGCCUGGAGGCCGGCAGCACCGGCGGCCUGCCGAGGCUCUGCGCCCACCUCCUCAGCUGCGGCCCCAAGACAGGGCUGAGCGGGGAGCGCGUCGGCGGCGCCUACCUGGCGGCGCUGGCGGAGCGGGCGGCGGAGGCGCUGCACGGGGCCGAGCCGCUGCGGGUGGCGCGGCUGUGCCAGGAGGCGGAGGCGGCGGCGCUGCAGCAGGAUGAGGCCGAGGACGUCGCCAGGCUGUGGCGCGGGGAAGAGGUCGCACAACCGGACGCUGCUGACGCGUGGUGGAGCGGAGCCGACACCAAGUGGGGUGACAACGGUGACGCCGUCACGGAGAAGGAGCUCGCCGACGCGUGGAACGGUGACACCGUGUCACAACGGGACGUCAACGGGUGGCAAGGUGACACCGUGACGGAAGAGGACAUCGCCAACGCGUGGUAUGGUGACGCCGCCACUCAACGGGACGUCAACGCGUGGCACGGUGACGCUGUCAAGGAAGAGGACGAGGUUGAAAUCUGGUGUGGUGGCACCGCCACCCAACGGGACGUCAACCAGAGCAACGGUGACACUGCCACCCAACAGGACAUCAACGCGUGGCACGGUGACGCCGCCCCACCACACGAUGCCGUCGCCUGGCUCGAUGGCGCCAGCCCCUGGCAGGACAACGCCAGCCUGGCAGCGGGGGACACGCCGGAGGCGGUGCCGCAGCCCCAGGGGAGCCCGAUGGGGGCCCCCCUGUGCCUGGUGCGGAAUGAGGCCGGGGGGCGGCUGGUGCUGAGCCGCCGGGCGCUGGAGGUGCUGCGCGGCAUCGGGCAGCCCGUGGUGGUGGUGGCCAUCGCGGGGCCCUACCGCACCGGCAAGUCCUUCCUCAUGAACCGGCUGGCGCAGCGGCGCACUGGCUUUCCCCUGGGUCACACGGUGCAGGCGCAGACCAAGGGGAUCUGGAUGUGGUGCCUGCCACACCCACGCCGGGCCAACACCACCCUGGUGCUGCUGGACACCGAGGGGCUGGGGGACCCCAACAAGGGCGACAGCCGCAACGAUGCCUGGAUCUUCACGCUGGCGCUGCUGCUCUCCAGCACCCUGGUGUACAACAGCCUCGGCACCAUCGACCAGCAGGCGCUGGAGAACCUCGGGGUGGUGACGGCGCUGACGGAGCGGGUGCGGGUGCGGGCAGGGGACAGCAGGGACGCGGCAGCAGCCGACUUCGUGCGCUUCUUCCCCGGCUUCGUCUGGGCCGUGCGGGAUUUCGUGUUGGAGCUGUCGCAGGACGGGCAGCGCAUCACUGAGGACGAGUACCUGGAGAACGCGCUGCGCCUGCAGCCCGGGAGCAGCCGUGUGGUGCAGGAGCAGAACGAGCUGCGGCGCUGCCUGCGCGACUUCUUCCCCGAACGCAAGUGCUUCGUGAUGCUGCCGCCGGCCAAGCCUCAGGCCAUGAAGCAGCUGGAGGAGCUCGACGAGGGGCAGCUGUGCCCCGGCUUCCUGCGGCAGGCCGACGCCUUCUGCCGGCACGUCUGGGACAAGGCCCCGGUGAAGGCGCUGCCGGGGCGGCAGGCGGUGACGGGCAGCAUGCUGGCGAGCCUGGCGGAGAGGUACGUGGCGGCCAUCGCCAGCAGCGGGGUGCUGUGCCUGGAGAGCGCGGUGAUGGCGCUGGCGACGGCCGAGAACACGGCGGCGGUGGCGGCGGCAGUGGCCGAGUACAAGCAGCGCAUGGAGCGGGAGCUGAAGCUGCCCACGGCCUCGCAGGAAGUGCUGGGGGAUGUGCAUCGGCGCUGCGAACGCCGCGCCCUCGCCCUCUUCAUGGCGCGCGUCUUUGCUGACAAGGAGCAACGCUACCAGGGCCAGCUGAUGCACGAGCUGGAGGCGGCCAAGGAGGAGUUCUGCCGGCGCAACGAGGCGGCCUCGGCGGAGCGGUGCCGCGCGGUGCUGCGGGAGCUGUGGCAGGACGUGGAGCAGCGCCUGGACCGUGGGGAGUACGCCGUGCCGGGGGGCUCGCGCCGCUUCCAGGAGCGCCUGGGGGAGCUGAUGGAGGAGUACCACCGGCGGCCUGGCAAGGGGGUGAAGGCGGCGGCGGCGCUGGAGGAGUUCCUGCGGGAGCGCGAGGUGCUGGCGCGGGCGCUGUGUGCGGCCGACCAGCAGCUGUCGGAGCGUGAGAGGGAGCGGGUGGCCAGCGAGGCGCUGGCAGCAGCAGCGGCGUCAGCGGUGGCGGAGGCCACGAAGGCGUUUGAGGCACGGCAGGAGGAGCAGCAACGCAGCUUCAAGGAGCACCAGAGGCAGCUGGAGGAGCGGCUGUGGCGCGAGCAGUGGGCGAUGCUGGAGGAGCAGGAGCGCAUCAUUGAGCACAAGCUGCAGGAGCAGCGGGCGCUGCUGCAGGAAGGCUUCAAGGAAGAGGCUGAGAAGCUGCGGAAGCAGAUCGAGAAGCUGCGGGAGGAGAAGGAGGAGAUCAAGAAGCCGUCGUGGCGCAGAAGGGCGCUGGAUGGGCUCGGCAUCGUCGCCGACAUCUUCCUGCCGGGCCUGGCGCGGGUCGCGGUCUCGGGGGCCCUGCGGCUGAUACGGCGCGUGUUGUGACCUCGGUGCAACCCCAAUAAAUUCCUGCCUCCA